AUGGACUAUAUAUUGAAUACAGAUAAUGAAUACAGAGAGAGCGUCUGGGUUAUUGGAGAGUCCAGGGUGUGCAGAGAGAGCGUCUGGGUUAUUGGAGAGUCCAGGGUGUGCAGAGAGAGCGUCUGGGUUAUUGGAGAGUCCAGGGUGUGCAGAGAGAGCGUCUGGGUUAUUGGAGAGUCCAGCAGAGAGGGCGUCUGGGAUGCAGAGAGGGCGUCUGGGUUAUUGGAGAGUCCAGGGUGUGCAGAGAGGGCGUCUGGGUUAUUGGAGAGUCCAGGGUGUGCAGAGAGCGUCUGGGUUAUUGGAGAGUCCAGGGUGUGCAGAGAGAGCGUCUGGGUUAUUGGAGAGUCCAGGGUGUGCAGAGAGAGCGUCUGGGUUAUUGGAGAGUCCAGGGUGUGCAGAGAGAGCGUCUGGGUUAUUGGAGAGUCCAGGGUGUGCAGAGAGAGCGUCUGGGUUAUUGGAGAGUCCAGGGUGUGCAGAGAGAGCGUCUGGGUUAUUGGAGAGUCCAGGGUGUGCAGAGAGGGCGUCUGGGUUAUUGGAGAGUCCAGGGUGUGCAGAGAGAGCGUCUGGGUUAUUGGAGAGUCCAGGGUGUGCAGAGAGAGCGUCUGGGUUAUUGGAGAGUCCAGGGUGUGCAGAGAGAGCGUCUGGGUUAUUGGAGAGUCCAGGGUGUGCAGAGAGAGCGUCUGGGUUAUUGGAGAGUCCAGGGUGUGCAGAGAGAGCGUCUGGGUUAUUGGAGAGUCCAGGGUGUGCAGAGAGAGCGUCUGGGUUAUUGGAGAGUCCAGGUGUGCAGAGAGAGCGUCUGGGUUAUUGGAGAGUCCAAGUAGACACAGCGCCUGGAACGAGAACACGCUGCGGUGA